AUCACAUAACGGUAGUUGAUAUUGUCUGACUGAACCUUGUGGACGCACUGCCAAAGCGAAAGUUAUUGCGUUUGAGGAGUCCUACAGACAGAUGAACCAGGCGAGGAGAGGAGAGGAGAGCUCAGCACGCAGGCUGUCAUCGAGAGCAGCUCUGCUGGGUACCAGCUCCACCGUUCACCAGAGGACACAUUACCCCACUGCUGACAUGGAGAAGCGUUGCACAGAGUGCCCAGAGCCCAGGCUAGCCCAGAGCCUGUGUACAUUCUGCAACAAGUGGCUGUGCUACCAGUGUACAGACAUGCACCAGCACCAGAAAGCCACCCCUCAGUGCUCAGACCUGCACCAACACCAGAAGCCCACUACCCAAUGUGUCGACCUGCACCAGAGGGACCAGAUGGCCCCCAGCUCCCUGCCUCCACCCGAACCAGGCACUGGCUUGUGUGGCCGCCCCCUCCUCAUGUGCCACUCUCACAGACAAGAGCCCUUGGAGCUCUUCUGCGAGUCCUGUGACCUCAUGUGCUGCAGCAGCUGUCACCUGUCCGCUCACAAGAACCACAGGCUGGUGCACAUUGGAAAGGCCCUGCAGGACCAACAGUGGCAGUUUGAGAGCCUGAUGGCUCAGGUGGAGGAGAGGAGGUCUGCAGUGGAGAGCACAGCCAAACAGAUAGAGGACAGGCUGCACGGUGUAAAGGUCACGCAGAGGAAGGCUGAGAACCAGAUUAAAAUGGCAAAGAUGAUUAUGAUGAAUGAGCUGAACAAACGGGCCAACCUAUUAAUAGAGCAACUUGAGAAGAUCUCGGAGGACUUCCAGCGGCGUCUGGAGGACCAGCUGCAGGGGGCGAUAGAGAUGUGCAGCCAGCUGGACCACGUGCAGAACUUCAUCAGCUGGGCAACGGCCCACCACCUCAAGAACCCACUGCUCCUCAGCAGGGAGCUGAUUUCUCUCCAGAUGCAGCGCCUGCUUGAACCCCCACUACACUCAGACGCCUGGCUCCCUGUGAAGAUCAAGUUCAACUGGGAUGCCAGCUACUGGACUAAGCAGAUCUCAACUUUGGGUCAGCUCACUGCCGAGGGGGGAAAUCGCCCCUACUCUGAGGGCGUGGCCUUCCCCAGCAUCCUGAGGCCCCAGCCUAUCACCUGCUUGUCCCUGCCAUCUGUGUGCCAUGGAGGGCGGGAGCAGAGCUGUGCCUUCCAGGCCUGCUGUCAGUCCCAGAUGUGCUGCCUCCACUGCAUACCCCCACAGCCAGCUGUGCAGCUGGACAAGACCCAGCGGGAACCCAACUCCUACUCCGCCAGGUGUGCCCAGUCCACCAUCAGCUCUCCCUCCCUGGCCCUGCACCAGAGUCAGCUGCUGAGGUGCUGGGGCCCUGACAGUCCUCCAGGUCCACCAGCUGUGGUGCCCUCCUCCAUGCAGUGUCCCCAACAGCAAGAGCAUCUCGCGGCUGCUGAUCCAGGCUUGCUCAGCUCCAGCUCCAACAGUAGAGGUCUUGGACUUCAGACCCAUGCCACAGACCUCUACCAGCCUCAGAUUCAGCCACUUCCUGAAACUCAUGCACAGCCAGCCACAGAUGGGGCCAGGGAAGGCCAGGGCCAGCAGGCCAGCAGAGAGAGAGAGCAGACUCCUGGGCAGCCAGCUGUGGACAGAGAGGUGUUGACAGAGCAGAUCCAGGAGGGGUGCAGGGAGAAGACACAUGUACAGACAGGGGUGGACAGAGAGGUGCUGACAGACGGGAUCCAGCAGGAGCUGCAGCAGCAACAGCAGCAGCUCCUGUCUCCCCUAGUGGCCAAACUGACAGUAGAGCAGCAGGAGGAAGAGCAGCAGGAGGCCAGGACUACACAUCCAUCCAGAGACUGCAGAGAUGGCAGGAGAUCCACUUCACUGGAGAUGUCUGUGACGACCCAUGGGUUCAGUGUUGAUGCUCAGAGCAGCAGGCCCAGCACACUGUGUGGGAGGAAGAGUCGAUCCCAGAGCAUCCCACCAGAACUGGCAGGCCCCUCCACAGACAGGCCCCCGGGGGCCACCCACAGCCUAGCAACAGCAGCCGUGGAACGGGGACGCAUGGCAGACCAGGGUUUCAUGGAUCUCAGGCGGAGGAGGCUGUCUUCUGAUGGAGUGAUACGAUCUGUGGCCUCCUUGGAGAGAUCCUUAGCCACUCCUCCCUCCAGAGGCCAGCCCAACCUACGCCUAUCGCCUUUGACCAUCUACAAGACAGAGCCUGAUUAUGUCUAUGCAUAUGAUGAGACUGGGCAUGACGUCAAAGGAAAAUGCAGAAUACCAAGAAAGACUCCAGACAACAGUGACAGGGAGGUUCAGAAGGAACCUGGGAGUUCCAGUUCCAAGGUUCCAGUGGUGUGUUUGGAAAGGCUGAAGAUCCUGGUGUCUCGGAUCCCACCACAGGGGCGGCGACAGAGUGACCCUCUGCCAGACACUGCAACAGAAAGGACCGGACCUGUUCCACAGAGGGGAAGGAAGGACAAGAUGACUGAGGGAAUAUCAAAAGAAGCCAAGGUCGCAACGGUCAGCCCGUCUCUGGAUAAACAAUACUCAGAGAGACACACAAUCAAUCAAUCUCUCCCACCUCCAGUAAUUAAUGAUUGGCCUGAGCAUGGAAGACACAGUCCUCACAAAGAGCUCACACUGCAAGUACCCGCCACUGAUCUUGUAUCACCCCCACCUUUCUCUGCACCUGACCUUGACUCUGACUCAGAUCCCAGGUCAAUCUCAGAAACUGUUUCUGACCCUGAACUGGACUCGGACCCACAACCAGAAUCAGAUCCCCAGCAAGAGUCUGACCCACCAGCUGAGUCUGCAUCAGAGGCUGAUCUGGAAUCAGUUGCUGAUGAGGAAUCGCCUGAUGAGGCUGGUACAGAAUCAGAACCUAAUGUGGAAUCAGAACCUAGAGUGGAAUCAGAAGGUAGUGAAGAAUCGGAGAAUGGUUUAGAAUCAGAGAAUGUUGAAGACCUGGAUGCUGAUGCGGAAUCAGAGGCUGAUAUGGAAUCAGACCUCCAACCUGACCCUGGUUCAGACCCCCGUUUUGCAUCUGAAACACGUCCGGGAUUAGAUUCAGACCUGGAAUCAGACAAUGCACAACCCCCUGAAUCCCCUGAAUCACAAGGGUCUGCAGAAUCUGGACCAGAUCUGGAAUCGGAGCCAGACUCAGUCCCGGACCCAGCCUUUAUCAGUCCUGACCCAGGAGUGGAGUCCUGUCCAGCCCAGAGGGCUCUGCCUGCCGACCCUGGUCCACAGAUGCAUUGUGAAGGAGCUGAGCAGGCCCUGCCUGGGGCAGAGACCAUGGAGAUGGAGAGUGAAGAUUUCUGUGCUGUGUGUCUGAUCGGAGGAGACCUUCUAUGCUGUGACCACUGUCCCAAAGUCUUCCACCUGUCCUGCCAUGUGCCUGCUCUCCUCAGCUUCCCCACGGGUGACUGGGUGUGUACCUUCUGCAGAGAUAUACAGCAGCCAGAGGUGGAGUAUGACUGUGAGAACCAGAGGCUGGCUACAGAAUGUUCAGGAAAGCCACUACCUCAUGGUCUCUCUGCUUGUGACCAGAGAAAAUGUGAGAGGUUGACUCUGUUGAUCUGCAGCAACAUGCUAAGUGCUCCCUUCCAUGAGCCGGUCAGUCCACUGGCUCGCCACUACUACCAGAUAAUCAAAAGGCCCAUGGAUCUGUCUGUGAUCAGGGCCAAACUCAGCAAGAGGAGCACUCACCACUACUAUUCACCCGAGGAGUUUGUGGCUGAUGUCUCCCUCAUGUUCAGGAACUGUGCAAAGUUCAAUUAUCCGGACUCAGAGGUGGCACAGGCAGGUCGCAGCUUGGAGAUGUUUUUCAGCUCCAGACUCAGGGAGGUGUUCCCAGACAGGGCCUUCCCUGCAGCCGAGGAUGACUCCGACAGCGAUGAGUAUGACGAGGUGUACAGAGCAGCUGAGGGAGGCUUCCCCUGGCCAGAGAAGAGAGAGCAGUGCCACAGGAAGAGGAAGAGGAGGCACUCUCUCAGCUGGAGGAAGCAUAACUUCUAGUUGUAGGCAGUGGGGCAGAGCAUAUCACUGGCUAUUUUGAAGGACAGUAUGACAUGAUAUUGCACUGGACGUUUCCAUCCAAGAGAGGAAGCUGAGUUUUUAUGAAGGGAUUAUAUGUACAUAUUUACAUUUUGAGAAUUGUACUUCUUCAUUAUAAAGGUUAUCUGCUCUUAAUUUGGCCUGGUAUUUGUGUCAAAUAUUAUUGUAUAACUAUAAUCUGACAUACAUCUUUAUACUUAUUAUGCCUUUAUAAACUGCGUUUCUGGUAUUUGUUUUUUGUUUCAGAUAUAUUUGGAGAUUCUACCUAUAUAUGUAGAUUCUCCAUCAUAUAUACAGCAAAACCUAUAAGGUCAGUAUUAAUAAAUGGUAAACAUAUUUAUAAAUGUUAAACUCUACAUUAUCUUGUUUUAUAUAUUAAUAUUGAGUGUUUUUAGUGGCUAAAUGAUUGCAGGCAAUUAGUAAAUACAGACUAUUAAUGUUAAUAUUUCUGUCUUGCAUUUUAUAUUUAUAUACAUGUAUCUCUGUCCUAUAUGCACUUAAAGUACAGUAUAGAACGUUAUGUACACCUACCUUUUUAUACUGUAAUGAUUUGAGUGACUGACAGAGGGCGCCCUUUCUUCAGCAGCAAUGACUGAGCACAAAGGAAAAGGUUAAGUUCAUAUUGAACCAAGGGGGUAUUCAAAGAAGAUUAAGAUAAAUAUAAAAAUGAACAUACCUUUAGUUGAAAUUGCCACAAUAGUAUUGCAAGGCACGUAUGCUUUAGAUUUGCAUUUAUUAAAUCGUAAUGAAAUUAUACUUCAUUAGUAUAAGGCCAGUAUUAGUAAUGAUUAUUUCUCAGGCUUAAUGGGAGUGGGAGGUAUUUGAUCCAGUGUGAAUAAGUAGAAAGACCUAGCGAAGUUAAGAGUGACUUAAGAGGAAUGUUAUGUUAUUUCAACUUUCGGUAGUUUCUAUGUAGAAUGUACAUGUUAGUUUUUCAUUUAUGUAAAAUGGCUGCUGCUAUACGGUAGAGCUGGCUGUAUUUUUUUAAAGGUUGCUGCAAAAUAAUAGCUUAAAUUGACUGUCGGAUCAAGCUAAGUUUGCAAUUUGAAUAAACAAACGGACUUAAAACGAU